AUGUCGGGAUUCCUUAACUCCAUAGGACGUCUUCGUGCUCCAAAACGAUCACCUUCCAACACCCCAACGACCCAAACAGGUUUUUUCGAUCCACUACCUUCACCAGGAUUAGAAUUUACGCAACAACCUUUAAAUUCUUCUUCUUCUUCACCUCAACAAAAACCAUUAUACCUCUGUCAACCUUUCGUUAAAGCCGCUUUGGUAAAAGGUAGUUUUAAAACUAUAGUCGCUCCUCCCAAAUACGUUGAUGUGAAUGAAUGGGUCGCUGUCAAUUUAUUCGACUUCUAUCAUAACCUCAAUCAUUUCUAUGGCGCUUUAACAGAUUUCUGUACUCUGCAAAAUUGUCCAACAAUGUCAGCAGGACCAACACUCAACUUCCUAUGGCCUGAUCAAAAUCAACGAUUAGUAUCUCUUCCCGCACCUACUUAUAUCGACUUCGUCAUGUCUUGGUUACAGAAAUUACUGGAUGACGAGAAUGUGUUCCCUACAAAGUCGGGCCGAGACUUCCCAAACUCAUUCGCCUAUACCGCGAAACACAUAUACAAACAUUUAUUCCGUAUUUUCGCUCAUUUAUACCAUCAACAUUUCGAACAAAUUCUACAUCUUUCAAUUGAAGCUCAUUUCAAUUCCCUUUUCGCGCAUUUUUUGGCCUUUGGGAAAGAAUUCGAUAUCUUAGUCAUGAAAGAUCUGAUGACCAAUCAAGGGAUGGGUCAAGGUGUUGCUGAAUUAAGUGAGAAAUGGAGAGAAAUGGGUAUAUUAGAGGCGUAA